AUGGCGAACGCUCAAGAAUCAAUUGAAUUUUUAAUUAAACAACCACAUGUAUUUAUGUUUUUGCGACGUAUUCGAGAUAUUCGUAUAUCAGUCAAUUCUACUAUAGAGACCGUGCUGAAUGUAUCACUAUUAAAAGAUGGAUCCGUGAAAAUCUCUUCUAAUGAUAAUGAGAUGAUAUCCCAUUGGCUAUUACAUACAUGUAAACUAAAUGUACCGAAUGAAGCACUCGAAGAUAGGCGUUUACCAGAAAAACUUCAACAAACCAAGAUUAUAGAAAUGACGUUGGCGACUCAGAUUGAUAAAAACGACAGAUUUGUACCUAUGCGAGGUACUAAUAGUGUUCUUUUUGCGUAUCUUCCAACGAAAAUAUCCAUUUACAAUUUGCCCAUUCUCGUCAAUUCCUAUUUCUUUGUAAACGCAAGCCGAGAACAUAUACGUAUUGAUUCUUCCUGGAACCAGUGGCUUUUCUCAUGCAUUCCGCACGUCACGUUUAAAUGGAUACAAUUAUUGACCAAAGAUUCGAAAUGGACUGACAAAGCUCAUGAUUUAUUACCAAACAGAAUUUCAGCCAAAGAUAUACUUGCUGAUCAAUAUAAUAAAAGUUGUAUAAGUAGCGUGAAAUCAGUUCCAUUUCUGCUGGGAGUUAAUAAAAGAUCACUACUAAUUGAUGAAGCUAUUGUUGAUAUAACAUUGUUUUCAUCGACAGGUUGCAUUGGACAUGAAUUAAUCCGAGAUUUUCUUAUACAUACAUCAUCAAAAAAGUUACGCUUAGCAGCAAAUCCAUUUGUCAAUAAUAAUCAUCGUUUGCGAAAUCUCGGUAUUAAACAAUUUACCCGAGAAAACUGUUUUGAUAUGUUACAAUCAGCUUAUUUCUUGACGCGUUUUACUCCUGAACGUGAUAUAGACUUUAUUUCCUAUAUGUUCACUCACCGUGAUUCUACACAAAUUCAGAAACGUCUUUAUGAUGUGCCAUUUUUGAUGGAUCAAUUUGGUCAUCUCCGAAAAGUAAUGGAAAUCUAUUUACCAUCGAGAUUCAGCAAUGCAGAUUGGCAUAUGCCAGAUAACAACGAUGCAUAUAUUCAUCCAAUGAUCAUGAAUUGGUUGUUACAUCAAUCUCAAAUCAAAGAAUGGCUUCGAAAGCUUGGUAUUCAUGAGAAAACAGAUAUUACGUUUGUUGAUGAUUAUAUUAUUCCACAAGCUGAUAGAUAUAUCACGCUAACAAAUGCUAUUAUUACAAUCACGAGACUAUUUGUUUUGUUUCAGAAUGGUUUACUUAGUACUCAUCAUUUGCAUGAAUUGGGCAAACUCAAACUAUUUACUUUUGGGGGUACUCUUGUAUCAGCUUAUCGUCUGUACUUUUCUAGUGCUUAUUUACCCUACUUGCCAUUGGAUAACCUUAAUCUCGAUGAGGAUUUAUUUUUAUGUCCGUCUUAUUUAGAAACGACGAAUCGUGUCGAACCUACUUCUCCUAAUGGUUAUGCAGAUUCAACAUCUGUUCAAGAACGACGAACUCAUUCAUCGUUGACCGGAUCUCGACAUUCAAUCGGUGAAACGAUCGAAAAAACUGAUUCCGGCAUAAAUUUAGUACAAGCUGAUGAAAAGAAAACUCUGAAGCGACAUCUUGGCACAGGCAUAUUCAUUUCCCCAAAAGGUGUUCUAAGACAGACACAAUCAGUUGGUUUAUGUUUGGUGAUAUGGGCAUUAUGUGGAAUUGUGUCUCUACUAAGUUAUACUGAAAAUUUAAAAAGUGGCUUUCAUGGUAGUACAACAAACAAUCCGUUGGGUGUUGCACUUGCCUUCUACUCUGGUCUUUGGGCCUAUCAAGGAUGGUCUAGUUUGAAUUCAGUAACUGAAGAACUUAAAAAUCCCAAAAGAAAUCUAUGGUUGGCUAUCGUAGUGGCUCUUUCAUCAGUGAUUAUUAUAUAUCUUCUAAUCAAUAUAUCGUAUUUUACAGUGAUGAGCAAAGCUGAAUUGCUCAGCUCGGAUGCUGUUGCUGUGACAUGGGGAGUUGCUGUAUUGGGUCCAGCUGUCCGUGUUUUGCCAUUUUUGAUAUCAUUGAGCGCAUUGGGUAGCGUCAAUGUAUCGACUUUUAGGUCUGCUCGAUAUGCUAUGGUUGGCGCACGUCAUGGAUAUUUGCCUGAAGUGUUUUCUUAUAUUCAAAAACAAAGAUUAACACCAUUACCCGGUAUUAUACUUCAGACUAUUCUUACCAUCAUCUAUUGUAUUCCAAGUGAUAUUGAGGAUUUGAUUGAUUUUUCCAGCUUUGUUGUUUGGGUCUUCAAUGGACUAACAUUUGUUGCUACAAUAUGCUGUAAAUUUACGAAACCUAAUGCAUAUCGAGCUAUUAAAGUUCCGAUACCUGUAAUUAUUUUUAAUAUACUUAUUAGUAUCUAUCUUGUUAUUGCACCCGUUAUAUCUCGUCCACAUAUUGGCUAUCUUAUUGCGACAAUUAUUUUACUUCUCAUACAAGCGACUGUAUAUCCAUGUAACAAGGCAGCUCCAUGUGGUUGUUCAAAAAAUUCAGUCUCUAUUAAUGCCAGAAUUGUCGGUGGUGAAGUAGCUCCUAGUCAUAGUUGGGGUUGGGCUGUUUCAUUGCAGAAGCGACCCAGCAGACACUUCUGUGGUGGGUCGAUCCUCUCCCCAAAGUAUGUGCUUACAGCAGCACAUUGUGUUGAUGAUAUUUAUCUUUCAAUAGACCAAUUAACAGUUGUUGUUGGUAGAGACAAUCUCCUUGAUAAUAUUGGACAAAGAAUAGUCGUAUCAAAAAUUUAUGUACAUCCACAAUGGAUUCCAAAUACAUUCAAAAACGAUAUUGCUAUUCUUGAAUUAUCCCGAGCAAUCUCUUUUGGAGAUAAUAAUAUUGCUAAACUUUGUUUACCAUCUUCAUAUGGCAUGGAAGCAACUGAUUUUCCAUUGAUGAAAUCAAAACUUGUAGGUAUCGGUUGGGGAACUACAAUGACAAAUGGGUUCAUAUCAGACAAACUUAGACAAGUAACAGUCGAAGCUGUUGGUAAUCAAGAAUCCAAAUGUAGCAAUUCUAUUACAAAUAAAACCACACAAUUUUGUGCAGCUGUCAAUGGUGGAGGCAAAGAUACAUGUCAAGGUGAUUCAGGUGGUCCAUUGAUGUAUUACUCAGAUAUUUACGAACAAUGGAUGUUGGCAGGCAUAACAUCUUUCGGUAAAGGAUGUGGACUAAGUAUUCAUGCUGGUGUUUACACCCGAGUUAAUAUGUAUAUCGAUUGGAUUCAAUCGAUUGUUGGUAACGAUGGCAUAGUGAUGGCCGGAGAAAAUACUGCUACUUUUAGUACUAUGCCAAAUGGGUUGACUACAUCAUCUGAGUCAACUAUGUCAUCGAUUUCAACGAUGUUUUGUAUUACAACACUUGUAUUUUUAUUAAUAAUGCGUUCUUUUUAA